GCUAUUAUCCCAAUAACACAAAGGCCUUGGACCAUACGCCGUGUUCGGACGACGAACAGACCGCAUGCUGUAGCAGCGACCACAUUUGUAUGGCCAACGGCCUCUGCAUGAAUGCCGGACACGUCCAGCCAUACGGAUUUUCGCGGGCGGCCUGUACGGAUCUGAACUGGGGAACUGGCUGUCCGCAAGUAUGCAUCGGCGAAUCGGACAAUCCUAACGGUGGAUGCGCAAUUAUACCUCUUGAAGCCAACGGAGAAGACACCACUUACUGUUGCAACGCGAUUACGUCGAACGGAAGUGCUGCCGUCUGUGCCAACAAGGAAGAUUCUUUCAAACUCGCAAGCGGUACGGCCAUCCAAGGGCGCGCAUACCUCUCGAACCUGACCGCGAAGGAUUCCGGCAAUAACAACAAUCGAGACGUCGCCAUCGGGGCUGGUGUGGGCGUGCCACUGGGUGUGUUGUUCCUCACAGCAUUGGGAUGGGCUCUUUUUGAACGGAAGAAGAGACAUGCGCUGCUGAAUUCCGCUGCUGCGGCAGCUCCCUUUCCCGGACAACAGCCUGGGCCCGGCGGACAGACUGUGAUGCCUCAAGGGAUGGCAGCGCCGGCACCAGCAACACGACUACAAGAGUUGGAAGCGACCAAACACCCGAGACCACAGGAGCUGGAAGCACGAUGGUGAUAUACUUGGGCUUAUCUGUUCUCAAUAUCAAUCUCAUCUAUAACACGAUGCAAUGUGCAAAGCCUUGCAAUAGAUCGGUUAACAGACAUGAUUAUUGGAACUGAGCAUGGCGAGAACUGUGGUAAUCGGUGGCUGGACUCGUGGGUCUGAUUGUAAUGGGCUGUGCUUAUAGUUAAGCUGACCGCACAUGGACUUUAAUCUGUUUCCUGACAUUUGCUAUUGUCUACCUAAUAGUAAUUUAUAGUGUACAACAAUGGAUUAUUGUUGUUUUCGCCUCGGUAUAGUGCUACACGUCAGACUGAUGGAUACCUUAAAAUGGCAGUCAUUUCGAUGUCAUCUGGAAGCUCUCAUUUGUACGUCACAUUGCCUCCGGUC